UCCCCAUUAUGGCGGAGGGAGCAGUCGGCCGAAUGGAUUGUCUCUCCUAUUCAAAUGAUUGUUUCGUGUAUUGAAUGGAGUAUCCUGACGAAUAAGAGAUUUCGUUUUACCUAAAGAAAACUUCGUUUGAUUGUUUUUAAGUGAUGGCGGACCGUGGCAUGGAUUUGUCCGGUAUACCGAAAGAGGUUCGAGACCAUUUGGCGGAGUUGGAGCUGGAGCUAUCGGAAGGUGACAUCACACAGAAGGGCUAUGAGAAGAAACGAGCCAAGCUGUUGGCCCCCUUCCUCCCACACAUUACCAGUGUGGAGCUGAGCCUCCCAGACGUCCAGCAGCAGUCCUCCUCCGGUCCCACCAGUGAUGAGCCCAGCCCAGAUGCCCCUGGCCCCUCCUCUUCCUCCGGGAGCCGCAGGAACCGCAGCGGGGGGGCCAGGGACGACCGCUACAGAUCAGAUAUCCACUCAGAAGCGGUGCAGGCUGCCUUGGCAAAGCACAAGGAGGAGAAGAUGGCGCUGCCCAUGCCCACCAAGCGCCGCUCAGCCUUCGUCCAGUCACCAGUGGAGAACUGCACUCCUCCAGACACGUCGUCGGCGUCCGAGGACGAGGGUUCGCUACGUCGACAGGCGGCCCUGAGUGCGGCUCUGGCCCAGAGCCUCCAGAGCCCCGACUACUGGAUCAACCGCUCGGUCCAGAGCUCCUCCACCUCCUCAUCCGCCUCCUCCACCCUGUCCCACGGAGAGAACAAGGCACAGCCGCAGCCCACCUCUGCCCUGGCCGACCUGCUGGCAAGCACACGCAUAGAGAACAGCGCCCCACCGGACGUGACGUCCUCCACCCCCGAGAGAACUCCCAGGGCGGACGCCCGCGUGGACCUGCCCCCCACCCCUGUCCCCAGGGGGAUGCCCAGAGGACAGAGUCGCCUCAGCAUGCUGGACACCACCGCCGACGGAAAGAGGAAAGGUGUUCCAGUGAACAGCCGUGUUUCCACUAAGAUCCAGCAGCUCCUCAACACCCUGAAGAGACCCAAGAGACCACCGCUCAGCGAGUUCUUCCUGGACGACUCAGAGGAGAUCGUAGAGGUGCCCCAGGCCGACCCCAACACCCCCCGACCGGAGGGCCGUCAGAUCAUCCCGGUGAAGGGGGAGCCCCUGGGUGUGGUCAGUAACUGGCCCCCGGCCCUCCAGGCGGCGCUGGCCCGAUGGGGGGCCACGCAGGCCAAGAGCCCGGCCCUCACCACCCUGGAUGUCACCGGGAAACCCCUCUACACCCUGACGUAUGGUAAACUGUGGAGCCGCAGUUUGAAGCUGGCCUACACUCUGUUAAACAAGCUGGGCACCAAGAACGAACCUGUCCUGAAGCCUGGUGAUCGGGUAGCGCUGGUGUAUCCUAACAGUGACCCCGCCAUGUUCUGGGUGGCCUUCUAUGGUUGUCUGCUGGCAGAGGUUAUCCCUGUGCCCAUUGAGGUGCCCUUGUCUAGACAGGACGCCGGAAGUCUCCAGAUAGGUUUCCUUCUGGGUAGCUGUGGCGUAAGCCUGGCCCUGACGAGUGAGAUCUGUCUCAAAGGACUGCCCAAGACACCGCAAGGAGAGAUCAUGCAGUUCAAAGGUUGGCCCCGAAUGAAGUGGGUCGUCACGGACACCAAGUACCUAACCAAGCCCUCUAAAGACUGGCAGCCGCACAUUCCCACGGCCAAUACGGACACGGCUUACAUUGAGUACAAGGCCAGUAAGGAGGGGACCGUGAUGGGUGUAGCUGUGUCCAAGGUAGCCCUGUUGACCCACUGUCAGGCUUUGACACAGGCCUGCAACUACUGUGAAGGAGAAACGUUGGUCAAUGUGCUCGACUGUAAGAAAGACAUGGGCUUGUGGCACGGCGUCCUAACUAGCGUCAUGAACCGGAUCCACACCAUAACUGUGCCCUAUGCCGUCAUGAAGGCGUGUCCCAUGUCCUGGGUGCAGAGAGUCCACAUUCACAAAGCACGGGUUGCCUUGGUGAAGUGUCGUGACCUUCACUGGGCUAUGAUGGCUCACAGGGACCAGAAGGACACCAACCUGUCCUCCAUACGCAUGCUUAUAGUUGCAGACGGCGCAAACCCCUGGUCUGUGUCGUCGUGCGAUGCCUUCCUCAAUGUGUUCCAGUCUCACGGGUUAAAGCCGGAGGUCAUCUGCCCCUGUGCCUCCUCUCCUGAAGCCCUCACUGUGGCCAUUCGCAGGCCUGGUGCCCGCGGUACCGCCCUCCCGGCCAGGGCCAUUCUGUCCAUGGGGGGUCUGAGCCACGGGGUCAUCCGGGUCAACACAGAGGACAAGAACUCUGCUCUCACUGUGCAGGACGUGGGCCAUGUCAUGCCUGGAGCUCUGAUGUGCAUUGUGAAGCCUGACGGGCCUCCUCAGCUUUGUAAGACCGAUGAGAUCGGAGAGAUUGUGCUGAACUCCAGGGCGGGGGGCACCAUGUACUACGGUCUGCCGGGAGUCACCAAGAACACCUUUGAGGUGAUCCCUGUGAACCUGGCUGGGGCCCCUAUAGGGGAAAUUCCCUUCACCAGGACCGGGCUUCUGGGCUUCGUAGGGCCGGGAAGCCUGGUGUUCGUAGUAGGAAAGAAUGAGGGGCUUCUGACCGUCAGUGGCAGAAGACACAACGCUGAUGACCUUGUGGCCACCGCGCUGGCCGUGGAGCCAGUCAAAACGGUCUACAGGGGAAGGAUUGCUGUGUUCUCUGUGACAGUGUUUUAUGAUGAGAGGAUUGUUAUUGUAGCAGAACAGAGACCUGAUGCCAGUGAAGAGGACAGUUUCCAGUGGAUGAGCAGAGUGCUACAGGCCAUAGACAGUAUUCACCAGGUGGGUCUGUACUGCCUGGCCCUGGUGCCCGCCAACACCUUGCCCAAGACCCCCCUGGGAGGCAUCCACAUCUCCGAGACCAAACAGAACUUCCUGGAGGGGAACCUGCAUCCCUGCAACAUCCUGCUGUGCCCCCACACCUGUGUGACCAACCUGCCCAAACCCCGACAGAAACAGCCAGUUGGCGUGGGUCCGGCAUCCAUCAUGGUGGGAAACCUGGUAGCGGGGAAGAGGAUGGCCCAGGCUGCAGGCAGAGAGCUGGGGGUGGUGGAGGAAGAGGGCCUCGUGAGGAAGCUCUGUAUGUGGCCCACCAUGACGCACCAGUUCCUGUCUGAAGCACUGCAGUGGAGAGCCCAGACAGACCCUGACCACGUCCUCUACGUCCUGCUCAACGCCAAGGGGGUGGCGGUGUGCACAGCCACGUGUGUUCAGCUGCAUAAGAGAGCGGAGAAGAUAACCUCAGCGCUGAUGGAGAGAGGAGGCUUGAACACUGGGGACAACGUGGUGCUGCUUUACCCCCCAGGCAUUGAUCUGAUAGCUGCGUUCUACGGCUGUCUGUACGCGGGGGUCAUUCCUGUGACGGUGCGACCCCCUCACCCCCAGAACCUGACCGCCACCCUGCCCACCGUCCGCAUGAUCAUCGACGUGAGUAAAGCAGCCUGUAUCCUGACCACCCAGACACUCAUGAGGAUCCUCAGGUCAAGAGAGGCUGCCGCCAGCGUCAAUAUCAAGACAUGGCCCACUAUCAUAGACACAGAUGACCUGCCCCGGAGGCGCCCCCCCCAGCUCUACAAGCCCCCCACAGCAGAGAUGCUGGCCUACCUGGACUUCAGUGUGUCCACCACCGGCAUGCUGACUGGGGUCAAGAUGUCCCAUGCAGCUGUCAGUACCCUGUGUCGCUCCAUCAAACUGCAGUGUGAGCUGUACUCCUCGCGCCAAAUAGCCAUCUGUCUGGACCCCUACUGUGGCCUGGGCUUCGUACAGUGGUGCCUCUCUAGUGUUUACUCUGGGCAUCAGUCCAUCCUCAUCCCCCCCAUGGAGCUGGAGAUGUCCCUGCCUCUGUGGCUGAGCACACUGAGUCAGUACAAGAUCCGAGACACCUUCUGCUCCUACUCUGUCAUGGAGCUCUGCACCAAGGGCCUGGGCACCCAGACUGAUGCACUGAAGGCGCGCGGUGUGAACCUGUCGUGUGUGAGGAGUUGCGUGGUGAUAGCGGAGGAACGCCCCCGACUGGCCCUGACCCAGUCCUUCUCCAAGCUGUUCAAAGACCUGGGUCUCUCUCCCCGGGCCGUCAGCACCGCCUUUGGAUCCAGGGUCAACCUGGCCAUCUGCCUGCAGGGCACCGCCGGACCGGAUCCCUCCACCGUCUACGUAGACAUGAAGUCGCUCCGCCACGACCGGGUGAGGCUGGUAGAACGAGGAGCGCCCCAGAGUCUGUCCCUCAUGGAGUCUGGCACUAUUCUCCCAGGGGUCAGGGUGAUCAUCGUUAACCCAGAGACCAGAGGCCCAUUGGGAGACUCCCAUCUAGGAGAGAUCUGGGUUAACAGCCCCCACAGUGCUAGCGGCUACUACACCAUCUACGGGGAGGAGAGCCUCCAGGCUGACCAUUUCAACACGCGGCUGAGCUUCGGGGAGCCCCACACUCUGUGGGCGCGGACGGGCUACCUGGGUUUCGUCAGGAGGACUGAGCUCCUGGGCGCCACUGGAGAUCGCCAUGACGCCCUGUUUGUGGUGGGUCAGCUGGAUGAGACGCUGGAGCUGAGGGGGCUUCGCUACCACCCCAUCGACAUCGAGACGUCCGUGUCCCGCGCGCACCGGAGCAUCGCCGAGAGUGCCGUGUUCACGUGGACCAACCUCCUGGUGGUGGUGGCUGAGCUGGCCGGUUCGGAGCAGGAGGCCCUGGACCUGGUUCCCCUGGUGACCAACGUGGUGCUGGAGGAGCACCACCUCAUCGUGGGGGUGGUGGUCAUCGUGGACCCGGGGGUCAUACCCAUCAACUCCCGCGGGGAGAAGCAGAGGAUGCACCUCCGGGACUCCUUCUUGGCCGACCAGCUGGACCCAAUCUACGUGGCCUACAACAUGUGAGGAUGACCCGCGGACCUCAGUUUGGAGGCUCGGGCUCUGGGGCUUUAACAUUGGACAGACACGGGGAGGGGGGGGUUGUUAAAAUGGCCCUCACCUACUCACUCACCUGGCAGUGGGAAGGACCAGGUGUCAGAGGUGGUGCUGCUGGACGGGCUUGGAUCCAGUUCUGCCUUGGGCUCUGUCAUCUCCCGGUUGGCGUGAAGCUUCGGCGCGUCCAUCUGCGCAGGGUUGAGCUGUCUCUCACAGGUGCUAAUCAAACCACUUUCGCCUCCCUCUGACAGAGCUUGAAGACGAGUGUUUUCUCCUGUUUGAUUGACAUUUGGGUCCACCUAUCAAAUGCACGUAUGCGACUACUGACCACUUGCUUUCCCUCCACUCCUCCCUCCCCCCGACUGCUCCGAUCAGCGAUUUUAUCCCCAGACAUUGUGAUUACUAUGGAUGUUUUUUUUAUCGAAGAAGACAGAAACAGAGUAGAGAUCGGUCUCUGUCCAUUCCCUGGGUUGUAUCUAGUUCAGCCUGUUUCUUGCCUCCCUCGUGUCCACGCUCCCUCUUAUUUGUCAGGACGAUGACGUGAAGCCCGACAGACAAGCCGGAAUGCUCCCCCAUGCACUUUAACCUUUCCCUCCGUCACCAUCCCCGUCUCUUCUAGCCUGGUACCUGAUGCGUUUGUGCUGUCUCGUCGUGUCACUAAGGCCACCAAGGCCACAGGUGAAAAGACUGUGUAAGCAGAUCUGAGACCAGUGCUUUGGUCUGUUCCACAUGGCGUCCUAUUCCCUGUUGGCCCUCGGUGAAAACCCAGCCGAAUAUGUCUCUGGGAUAGUGGACAGGACACUGAACUUUACAUACUUUUUCACCACGAAACGCCGACGAACUAGAAUGAGCAGUAUUACUUCCGACACCAGCAGCCUCCGCAGCUCACGCCGGCAAACCAACAGGCGCCUCACGCCGGCAAACCAACAGGCGCCUCACGCCGGCAAACCAGUGGCUGUGAUUAGACCACGGAGCUGCGAUUAGAUCGGUCAUCUUUACGUUUCCGUCCCAUACGUCUUGGUGUGUUUCAAACAGCUUACUGCUCUGUUACAGGCCUUUUCUUUUUACUGGAGGAACAAAUCACUUUGAAUUGGUAUGGAGUGGAAAUCAUGUACCUCAGAGGCACACCAGCUGGGAGAGCUCAAGCAGACAGAUCAGCCAUGUUUGGUUAGAUUUUUUUGUAUUUUUGUGGAAGAUUUUGGAAGUCCUUGGCGUACGGGCGAGAGUCUGAUCCAUGAGAGUUCUCUUCAACCAUGUAAAGAAAACAAAGUCCUUUUUCACUGUAAUGCUGUUUUUUGGGUAUAUGUUUAAUGUCCCUAGCGCCAUAGGGCCAGUGUAGAUAUUUACCUUCAUGCAUCUGUACUGAACCAUACAUUAAUGAUUUGUAAAUCAUUAUUUAAAUGUCAAGCAAGCACACAAUACUGGUAAUAGGAACAGUGUUGGAACCGUUAGAUUUACUUUUGAUGAACAUGCUUAACUUGCUGGCUGACUUGUUCCCAGAGUCUGAAUCGUGUCUCUGCUUGAAUAAUAAUCAGUCAUUAUCGGCAGGUCAGCAGAGUGCUAUCCUCUGGCACGGGGCUUUCACCUAGCCAAGCCCGUUACUCUACAAAACGUUCCUAACGCCGCGUGGCGCUGAUUGUGCCACACGGAGCGUCUUUAACUCUGACGUCACAAAAGGCUAUGUCUGGCGUCCCAGAACCCUCCAGCCCGGUGCCUUUGUGGUGUCAUGUACCGCGGUGUCAAAAUUAAGGACGUUACUUACCAAAACCGUUUGCCGUGGGUGUAAGACGAGGUCAACGUUUUGCCUUACGAAACCUGUGGAUCUUUUAAUACUUUUUGUUUUAUCUGACAGAGGCUUUCAUUUUAUUGUCGUACUUGUGUACUGAAUAGAAAAAGGGACAGUGGAGGCUGAGAUGUUGAUAGUCUAGGGUAUAUUUUAGAGGUCAAAAACUGUAUAGCUGGCAUACUGUGUAGAUUGAAAGGAACUUAUUCUUUGUUGAUAAAACUUGACUGAUCUUUCAUACUUGACAGCAAAUUUCUGCAUUACUGACUUAAAUGUAGGCUAAGUAACAUUUAAAAAAUAAAAAAAAUUAAGGAAGUGUGUCUUAUGGUUUUGCAGGUGGUAACAAUUUGCACUUUCCCUUCUGUUUGUUCUAUGUGUGUGUAUGUGCUGGUCUGCCAGAUUGACUUAUGAGGUUUAAAUGGUUACACUGUUUGCCUUUUACUCGUGCAAAACAUUUUAUUUCCCUUUUUAAUUAAAAUGACAUUGAAAUAGAAUAAUGUCUUUUCUUUAAAAAUGCCAGGUCGUUAUCUGUCGGUUGGCCUGUUUUAUGUCAAAUUCACUGUAUUACAUGUAUCAUCGCUCAACGUCCCAGGAAUCCCAGCUAGCAUAAAUCUACUCAUUGAGAGGUUCUUGAUAGUUUUUUUUUUUACGCAGAUUUUGUUUUUCUUUUUUCUCAAAAGUACAUUUAACAGCACAACUCUCAUGCAAAAUAAAAGUUUUAAAAAGCCUUGUUUGAUUUGGAAGUAGUUAGACUACUUGAAUGACAGACGAACAUUGUAUUUUAUACAGUACAUUGUAAUCUGUAAGUCCAUCGUUAGAUCAAAGUUAAAUUGAAAAUAAAUGUAUACUGAUGAUGUCAUUGUUUUGCCUAUUCUGUGGAAUUUGGCCGUCCUGCCAAGUCGUUAAAGUAUCAUUUCUGCUAAGCAUCUAUAAAUGAUCUUACAGUGGUGUUAAACUAUAGAAUUGAUCAAGUUUACGUGUCAAAUAGCCACGGUCAUGUUCCAGGUCCAUUCAACUCAUGUCACCCUUCAUGUAUUCAUCAGACAUAUCGGUGCUGCCCAAAACUGGAAAGAGUGGGGAUAAGGUGCUGUUCUUUUUAAGAAUAUGACUGUGGAGGAAGAAAAGCGAGCUUCAGUACUAGCUUUUUUGAAAUUGUACAAUUUCGCCAUUGAACAAAUAUACAUGACACCUAGUUUGGGCCAACUAUCAGGAUGUCCAACAUGUUUUCUCUUGAAAACAUUGUGCCCAUUGUAGUAAAACUGAAAACAAUAAAAUACAUCUUCUGGAGUCAGUGAGUUGUGAGCACAACAUGUACUGUACUUGUGUAGUGAUAAAAAAAAAAAAAAAUGAGAUUUUGGAUUAUGAAUGUUUAUUUGCAAACCUCAAGGGCCCUAUGUGAUAUUAUACCUCAAGUGUGUACACUAUGCAUAAACGCUGCGUAUGAUGUUUUCAAUAUAGCGGUGCGAUGAUGAACUCCGAAUAGAGGCGCACGUGUCCAGUGUGACCAAUGCUCUGUCAUGUUGUCAAUGGUGGAAUCACUUUGUUUUCUGUCUGGUUUAGCAAGUGGAGACAAUAAAAAGAGGCUUUUGUCAGCA